AUGGCCCUCUCUCUUCCUCUCCGAAGGGCUCUGCCCCAAUUGCCUCCGCUCGGCUUCCUUUCUACCGCCUCCUUCGCCCUGCCCAUCUCCAUUACGAUUCCUCCGCUGCUCGCCGACCUCUGGGAGUCUGUGCUUCGCGCUGUUCCCAAGAAAAAGACCUCGCACAUGAAGAAACGCCAUCGCCAAAUGGCCGGAAAAGCCUUGAAGGAUGUGCAGAAUCUCAACAAGUGCCCUGGCUGCGGCCAGGUCAAGCGGGCUCAUGUGUUGUGUCCCCACUGCGUGAAAGAUAUUAAGCAGUCCUGGAAGUCGGCGCAAGCCGCAUGA